GCAGGCCACGCGGCGCCACUGACUGGGCUGGAGGCUAGCUCCCUGGCCUCCCCGACAUGCCGAGGAGCCCCUGGCUUCCGGAGCCGACGGGGCCGCAGGGGCCAAUGGGACCAUCUUCAGCCAGCCCAGAGUAGCCGAAGCGGGUGGGGCCUGGCUUGGGAAAGGAUUCAUCGGGGGAAGCUGAUUAACAGCCAGCCCAGAGCAGCCGAAGCGGGUGGGGCCUGGCUUGGGAAAGGAUUCAUCGGGGGAAGCUGAUUAACAAUUCAGAUUUCCGGGUCUCACCCCGACACUGACGCACUGGAGAGCGCGUGGCCCUGGGAUCUGCGUUUUCCCAAGCGCUCCGGAGUAAUUCUAACCCAGGUUGCCCGCCAGUCACAACGACCUCAGGCUUGUUUUCUUCGCUUGGAUGCAGCUGCCCUGCCCCCAGUCACUCCCAGAAUUUCAGGGCGCGCCCCGUGGCCCCGCCUCUCGUCUCCAAUUGGUCCCUCGCUCGUCCCGUCCCCGCAGGCAAAUCUUCCCUUCUCAUUGGUAGGUGGUGAGUGUGUGGAGAAACCUGACCUAAUGGGCGCUGGAGUUCGCAAAACGUGACCCGGAAAUUGGUCACGAGCAGGCGCCGUGGGCUUGUGGACGCCUAACUUGCGCGCUGAGAUUUCCGGCGUGGGAGCAGAGGUCUGAGUCUUGCGUGGGUCCUCUAUAGGGUGAGAAGCGUGGCGCUCGGUUCCUGCCUCGGGGAAGUCCUGGCGCAGAUGGGCCACGGGGCCGGCGUGGCGGCGCCUGGGACCGACUGAGGCCUAGGCACCGGAGCCGGCCGCGCCUGGGCUGGAGCGGGGCUCCUCGGCCUGGACUGGGAGCCCCCGGCCCCGGGCUCCUGCUGGCGCCGUCCAACCUUACAUGGGUUCAGGGCGCCUUCGUAGGCGGGCACGGCUGGUUUCGGGCUAAGGCGCUCUGGAGACCUGACGAUGGCGUCGGGCCCGGGCUCCCAGGAACGGGAAGGGCUCCUGAUAGUGAAGCUGGAGGAGGACUGCGCCUGGAGCCAGGAGCUGCCCCCACCUGACCCAGGACCGAGCCCCGAGGCCUCCCACUUGCGCUUCAGACGGUUCCGCUUCCAAGAGGCAGCUGGUCCCCGGGAAGCCCUCAGCCGGCUCCAAGAGCUUUGCCAUGGGUGGCUUCGGCCUGAGAUGCGCACGAAGGAGCAGAUCUUGGAGCUGCUGGUGCUAGAGCAGUUCCUGACCAUCCUGCCCCAGGAGAUCCAGAGCAGGGUGCAGGAGCUGCAUCCGGAGAGCGGCGAAGAAGCGGUGACCCUUGUGGAGGAUAUGCAGAGAGAGCUUGGGAGACUGAGACAACAGGUCACAAACCAUGGGCGGGGAACAGAAGUGCUUUUGGAGGAGCCUUUGCCUCUGGAAACAGCACGAGAGUCACCGAGCUUCAAGCUGGAGCCAAUGGAGACUGAGCGAAGCCCUGGCCCCAGGCUGCAGGAGCUGCUAGGCCCCAGCCCCCAAAGGGACCCCCAGGCUGUAAAGGAGAGGGCAUUAUCUGCUCCCUGGCUUUCUCUUUUUCCUCCUGAAGGGAACGUGGAAGACAAGGAGAUGACUGGGCCCCAGUUGCCUGAGAGCUUAGAGGACGUGGCAAUGUACAUCUCCCAGGAGGAGUGGGGGCAUCAGGAUCCUAGUAAGAGGGCCCUCUCCAGGGACACGGUGCAGGAGAGUUAUGAGAAUGUGGACUCACUGGGAGAAGAGAAAUUUGAGAACCUGGAAGGUGUUCCGUCUGUAUCCUCUGAGAACAUCCACCCUCAGGUGCUGCUUCCUGACCAGGCCCGAGGGGAGGUGCCCUGGAGUCCUGAGCUGGGAAGACCUCGUGACCGGCCGCAAGGGGAUUGGGCGCCUCCCCCAGAGGGUGGAAUGGAGCAGGCCUUGGCAGGAGCCUCAAGUGGCAGAGAACUGGGGCGACCGAAGGAACUGCAGCCAAAGAAACUCCAUUUAUGUCCCUUGUGUGGCAAAAAUUUCUCUAACAACUCAAACCUAAUUAGGCACCAGAGAAUACAUGCAGCUGAAAGACUGUGUAUGGGUGUGGACUGCACUGAAAUCUUUGGUGGGAACCCACGUUUCCUGUCACUACACAGAGCACACCUGGGAGAGGAGGCCCACAAGUGCCUUGAAUGUGGGAAAUGCUUCAGUCAGAACACCCAUCUGACUCGCCACCAACGCACCCACACGGGUGAGAAGCCCUAUCAGUGCAACAUUUGCGGAAAAUGUUUCUCCUGCAACUCCAACCUCCACAGGCACCAGAGAACGCACACCGGGGAGAAGCCCUACAAGUGCCCUGAGUGUGGGGAGAUCUUUGCUCACAGUUCCAACCUCCUUCGGCACCAGAGAAUUCACACUGGAGAGCGACCUUAUAAGUGUCCCGAGUGUGGGAAAAGUUUCUCUCGGAGUUCACACCUCGUCAUUCACGAAAGAACUCAUGAGAGAGAGAGACUUUACCCCUUCUCUGAGUGUGGGGAAGCUGUGAGUGACAGCACCCCCUUUCUUACAAACCAUGGAGCCCAUAAGGCAGAGAAGAAGCUCUUUGAAUGUUUGACUUGUGGGAAAAGCUUCCGGCAGGGCAUGCACCUCACCAGACAUCAGAGAACACACACAGGAGAGAAACCGUAUAAAUGUACCCUUUGUGGGGAAAACUUCUCUCAUAGAUCCAAUUUAAUCAGGCACCAGAGAAUCCACACAGGAGAAAAACCCUAUACCUGUCAUGAGUGCGGAGACAGUUUCUCUCACAGCUCCAAUCGGAUUCGCCACCUGAGAACGCAUACGGGAGAGAGACCCUAUAAAUGUUCUGAAUGUGGAGAAAGCUUCUCUCGGAGUUCCCGUCUUAUGAGUCAUCAGAGAACUCACACAGUGUGAAGUGGAAUCUCUGAAACUCAGGUGUGGCAUCAACAAAGUCAAGAAGGUAGUCCAAACUCUCUCUUACAGCAGAUAAUUUAAAUUCAGCAGUCUGCUUCUCAGCUUCUCCUCCUUUUUGAACAACUUCCUUUGUUAUUCCACCUUUGGUUUUUAGGAGACAACCCUUUUCUUCAUCUCCAUUUAACCACACCCUAUCAUCAUCCAACUUAGUUUCCAACUCCCCACAUUUUUCAAGAAUUUCUCUAUAAUCCCCAUGUUCUAAGCCUUGAAAAUCAUAUUCAGGUUCCUUUUUGUAAAGAAGAUUUUCCCAUGCAUUUGCUAUGGUUAUUUGUUUUACUUCAUCCCAACUUUUUGCCCAGUUAAAAAUUGCACUUUUUAUAUUGUAGAUUUUAAUUUUGGAAACUCCUUUAUCUCCUUUCUCUUGCUCAUCAUCACUUUCUUCAAAUAUUACAAGACUCUCUUCAAGUUGCUUCCAUCUAUACAGCCGUUUGCAGCUCAAGAUCACACCUUGAUUCAUUGGUUGAAUCAAGGUUGAAGUGUUAUGGGGAAAGAACAUACAUUUUAUUCGACCAUCCUCACUGGUUAGGGAUUCAGAGGAAGGAUGAGCUGGGCAACUGUCCAGAAGUAACAAUGCCCUGACGUCCUCGUCAUGAAAUCUUAGAACAUUAAGUUGAAAAUGUCGGACCUCAGGAACAAAGUUUUGAAAAAACCAUUCUGAAAACAAUUCUCUGGUGAACCAAACAUCUUUACUGGGUUUAUAUAUCACAGGCAAUGUACUUGUGUCCUCUUUCACACUUUUGGGCAGUUUUGAUUUUCCAAUAAUGAUUGACUUUAAUUUAUGAGUUCCGUCUGCAUUUGCACAUAAAAGGGCAGACAACCUUUCUUUGUUUAUUUUCUUCCCUGGUAGGCAGAUAUCUUUCCUACUUGCCUGAGAAUUUUCUGGCAUUGACUUCCAAAAGAGGUCUGUUUCAUCCCCACUGUAUAGCUGAGCUAGACACAGUUUCUCCUCUUUGAUUAUCAUGGACAGUUUUUGUCGAAAUGGCUCAACAUUUUCAGAAACUGAACUUAGGACUUGUUCCCCACAUCCUUUUCGGUUCCCAAUUGCAUGCCGAUUUCGAAAUCUAAAAAGCCAACCAGUGCUAGCUUUGAAAUCUGUUCGCCCAAAACACCGUGCAAAUCUCUCUGCAGCAGCCUGAAGCUCCACGCCUCUUACCGGAACACCGGCUGAGCGUUUCUGUUGGUACCACAUGUAGACCGCAUCAUCUACAUCACCAUAUUUGGCUCCCGUUGUCCUCUUUCUCUUCUCAGCCCCUACUAAUGGCAUGUCCUGCUUCAGUACAAAGUCCAGAAUUAACUUCUUAUUUUUUUUAAUGUCAUAAAAUGUUGACUUACUGAUUCCAAAUUCAUCCAUUACACUUUUAAGUGAUCGUCCAGCUUCAAUUCUACUUAGAACCUUCAUUUUCUCCUCCAAAUUCAGUGUUGUAUAUUUCCCUCUCUUAUUCAUACUGAAUUUAACUCUGAACCACCAACAGGAGAAAACAAAGGGAAAAGCCUUAAUGAAUUGGCAAAAAAAAACCCCACAUUUUUUAAACAAAACUUAGCUGAAAGCCCCAGAAGGCAUGGGCAUUGUAUUGGAGGAUAAUGGACUGAAGGGGCUAACCAUGACUGAAGAGCUAGUCUAGAGGUGGAGGUCUUAUGCACUCAGAAAGCUGCCAGUUGCAAAGUCCUGUCUGGCUCUUGCUCCUGCAAGCCAUGAGUGAUCAUUUUUCGGAGUGCCUCCUACCUCUCCUCUCUUUUGACAGAUACAACAGCCUCGGUCAGGAAUGACAGGAAUACCUGCAUACUUUCCCUAACUCAAUACCGGAAAAGGGACAACAUGAAGAGAGGAGGGAUGGAGCAAGAUGUGCCCACAAGACAGGUGUGAUAAGUUUCCAUAAAAACUGAUGCUUGAGCGUGAAAGACUCAAAGGCAAUGACAGAGUAAUCUUGUGUGUAGCAGAGAUGCAAUGUGGCUUCUCCCCUUCCAAAAAGACCUGAUUUUACCUCACUGCCAGAAAAGAGAAUGGUGCUCAAAUUGCUUUGUACAUAGUGUUCACUGGGCAGCAGUUCAUCUACCUGGAUAAGGGCUCCGAGCUACAGGGACCCUGACAUUGGGAUGUAUGGAGAGUUGGAAUUCAGGAACAGUUGUACCGAAUCUUGAAGUGAAGAAGAAAGUAGUUUCUGUUGUACAUAUGAAUGAAAUCCAACUUUUAUUACAUUCAAUAUAGUAUUGUCAAGCACCGUGCUUUAA